GGCCACCAUCUUUGUUUACGUUUGUCCCCUGGUGUUCUUCAAGGUGUUUCAAUCAGCUGAUUUGUUUCCUCUUUGCUCUGCGGAGGCUAUAUGGAAAGGCAAACAUCUGACGUCGUCUUUAGGAGACUGAGAGAAGCCGGUAUCUCUAGAAGGUCGGGAACAACAACCUGGAUGUGAAAAGCCAGGCGAAUAUCCAGCCAGUUGAAGACUUCUGGGGAUCCUGGAGAGGAGGGAGGAACCCCUAUGGCAUUGUGCAGCCUGCGAUGAUACCUAUUUGCCAAAACAAUUUUUCAGGGCUCUUGUUGUGUGUUGUGAUCGGGACCUUAUUUGUUCGUGAUGCCAGGGCUGAUGAUGAGCUGACCCGCCCUUUUAUCAGGGUGAAGGAAGCAAAACGUGAAUCUGUCAGUGAAGGAAUGCAGUUUUCAGUCCGGUAUCACGUUGUCACUGGCGAGAAGUCGAAAGUUUCCUGGAUUGACGAGAACAAGUCUUGGGUCACACUUAAAGGUACAACGGAGGAGGAUGGGUCUUCUAACGUGGCAAGUGUUGUGGUACCGCCUCAUGAGUCAUCAGUUGUUAUGUGUGAGAUUCUCACAAGCAGACAUAGAUAUGUUUUGUAUUUGGAGAACGCCGAAGAUGGAGACGUAAAGGUGACACCUGAUCUAAGGCCCAAUUUCUCCGUGACUCCAGAUGGAGACUUUGUGUACCAGGCAGGAACUGAUGUUACCGCCGAGGUGGAGCACUGGUUGCUGAAUGAAGGCAGUCCGACCUACGACAUGUUCGAACUCAGAUUUUACCUUCAACAUUCAUUACUGAAACUUGUUCUCAAUAGACCACCUUACAACUUUUUGCAGGAGCAUGGACAAGUGGACGUGGGCAAUUUUACCCAAUACAAUUUUAGUUUAUUGACAAGUAUGUACCAAACCAACGGUCUGGUGGAGAUAUCAGUCAGUGUAGGACAGACCCAAGAACUGGUGAAGCGUGCUACGGUGACCAAAACAGUUGUUCUCAGGCCCAGUACUCAGGCAGGAGCUUUUCCUCCAGGAUUUCUGCAGAUUGUUGGAGGCGUCUAUAAGCAAAUUGAUUAUGACGGAAAAGUUGUAUACUGCAGCCUCGGCAGUAGAUGGCCAUGCUAUCUGGGAUGCAACGGAGUCGGAAAUGACGUCACUGCAGUGACCAUCAGCAGGAUCAACGAUGACGGUAGUGCGAAACAGCUGGCUGUAGAAACCCCUCUCCCUGGACAACUGAUGACCUACGUCGGCGCUGUCCUUGAUGAGAGCGAACUGAAAACCGUCCCUGUCCGCUGUGAAGUGACCAACGCAGCCGGUGAUACGAGUGCCAUAACCUACCAAGUCACAUUCGUAGCCCCAGCUCCCUGGGAAUAGUUCAAACAAUAGACAACUGACCUUAACCCUUUCACUGUCGGGUCAGCUUCACAGUCCUAGAAAAGAGCCAAAGGCAGUCUCGGGCCAGGCAGUGGAGGAAGAGGCUUUUUAAAUGUUUAAACAGUAGAGAUAUGAUUUUUAUUUAAAGUCAUAUUUUUUCCUUUAUUAAAAAAUAAUACGCGCACAAGUCGUUAUUGUCUAGCUUCCCGAGAAAAGGCCAAACAACUGGAAGCUUAAUUUCUUCUCUCCGGAGAGUUUUUCUGCAACAUUUCAAGAGUCGAUAUAUAAUUUUAUAAUCUUAAUUCGAGAGAGAUUUAUAGAAACCACAUUAUAUUAUUUUUCUAUAUUUUAGAGUAUACGAGAAAAGAUAAUAUUUAUUGUUAUUGCAUCUCUUAAAACGUCCCACAUAAAUCAGUAGAAAAAGACUUGCAGAGUAGCAGUUUUAGAGACCACAAGCGAGGACAUACCUCUAAACAACAGUGAGGUAAUUAACUUCAAAAGCUUGUUGGCAUUUUGGAAAGAAAUAUUUCUAAUAAUUUGUAUUUCAGUAUACCCUUUUCUCAUGAAACGACAGUGCUUUUAAGUAUAUUUUGUUUUCAUAGAAUAAACAGAAAUGAAUUGCAUUUUUAU